GUCCUAAGUAACGUGACUUGUUUUCUUUUUUUUAAUGAACGUGACACUUUCCCCGCCUAUGUCUUAGAAGCAGGAAGAACGUGAGCUUGUCAACCUCAAACUGUCAGAGUGUGAUAGCGAGAGGAUUCACAUCACGAGCUGAAGAGCUGCUCUCUGCUGCUGAUGGAGCUCUUUUCUGAGGCUGUGGAAUAUCUGAAGGCUUAUGGCAUCUCACCUGUGACUGAGGAUGAAAUGAUGGAUUCUGACCUACUACAUGAUGUGUUCCCUGAGGAGUCAGACUGGGGGUCUCAUGACUCUAUGCAAACUGAACCAUGUUUGCCAUCCACACCAACAAGUGAUAACCCAGAUGACCUGCUUCAGAAGAGAAUGGUCGUUUUGAAAAGGGUUUUGCUCAGUGAGGAGAUCUACCUGAUGGAGCUUGAAACGCUGCUCACGCCCAUGAAAGCACUGAAGGCAUCAGCAGGUACCUCACAACCCGUUUUGUCCACUGAGCAAGUUCAGACAGUGUUUUAUCAAGUGCCUGAACUCAGAGAUCUGCACCGGCAGUUUUACACAAGCCUUCAAACUAAACUGCAUCCUGAUAACGUGAUGGAUCAGGGGUCACAACAAAGCCUCGGAAGGGAUGAGGGCCCGGUGAUGCAGCAUUACCAAGGGGAGCAUCAUUUAUCCGUGGGAGAUGUCUUUCUGAAGUUUGUCAAUCAGUUAGGAGUGUACCGGGGCUUUAUUGACAACUAUGAGAACGCAGUGAAGAUUGUGCAGAAGUGUAUGCUGUCAGACCAACGCUUCCGGAUACUUGCAGAGAGUAUGAUGUCCUCCAAGAGCUCAGACAAUGUGAAAACUAAAUAUACCUUUGAAGCUCUCCUGUACAAGCCGUUAGACAGAGUGAUGAAAACCACCCUCGUCUUGCACGACUUGUGGAAGCACACGCCCCCUGAACACCCUGACAGCAUCACACUGCAGGAAGCGCUCCGUCUUUCGAGCAGCUUUAUGUCUGGGGUGAAUGAAAGGUCGCAGUGCAAACAGCCAGUCAUGCUGUGCAGAGGAGAGAGACGUCAACUGAUGCGUGAUGGGUUUGUGGUUGAUGUGUGUGAAAGUGGGCACAACCUGAGACACCUCUUCCUGUACACAGACAUGCUGCUGUGUGCUAAACUGACAAACGCAGGGAGGCAGGCGCAGUACAGGUUUUGCUGGUAUCUGCCACUGGUGGGCCUAAAGCUCCAUUGGACAGCUGAACACCUGCCCUCAUCAGAAUACCAAAUGAAAAUCAGUAAAACCAGAGUCAAAAUGUACCAGCUCAAACAAGCACUCCUGCAACACAUGAAAGGAAGCAAGGGGUCAGUUUCUCGUGCUGUUGAUCGACUGAGGCGGAAACUUGAAGAAUGUGAGAUCUGGCUUUUAACAAACACACCAUCUUUUACUUUAGACCUACACAGCACCAGUGGAAAGAGUCACACUGUCCGACUGCUUUCUUUGUAUGACCUGAAUGAGUGGAAAGAUGCCAUUGAGAAACAGUGCGGAAACUGUAUAGAGACGGUUCCUCCAGACCUACUUUCUGUCACCAGUUCCUGCAUCAAACUCAGAAUGACUCAACAACCUCCUCUUCACUGUGUUCAGUCCAAUGAGAGUGCACAGAUAUGUGGGAGCUUAUAUGUGAUGGUUCAGUCUGCGUGUGGUCUACAACACCCCAGCAGUGCGUAUGUUUGUGUGGAAGUAGACGGCUUUGAGUGUUACGACAGGCGAAAACAAACCAGCCUUUCGGCCUUCUGUGUUACACCACAAUGGGAUGAGGAGCUUGUGUUUAUAGUGGACGGAGCUAAGCAGCUGUUCCUGGUUUUCGUGUGUCAGUACGAGAAUGACACACAGAACGACAUCGUGGGCAGAACAGUCUUAAAUUUGGACCCAGACAACAUGUUUAAGAAAUGGAAAAAAGUCACCUGUUCUUUGGGCCAUGUUGACGUAACCUUGUCACUCAAGUAUGUGCCCCACCCUCUGGAGCCUCCAAGCACCACCCCUAUCCUGCAGGAACCAGUGUUCUGUGUGCCCAUUGGACAAGUGGCAAUGCAAGAGAGUGUGCUGGUCCCACACAUUGUCCGUUCCUGUGUGGAGGAGGUUGAGAGAAGGGGUCUGAAAGAAGAAGGCAUCUACAGAAUUUCAGGAGCAAGCACGGAGAUACAAGCACUAAAAUAUGCAUUUAACACUAAUUACCGCGAGGCUGUGAGUAAACUGAGGAGUGUUGAUGUGAAUGCAGUCUCGGGCACCCUUAAACUCUACUUUAGAGAACUUCCUUUACCUCUUAUACCUUGUGAGCAUUUCAGUGAGCUUUCAGAUGCACUAGACAUCGCUGAUCCAUUUGUCAGAGCAGACAGCUUGCUGAGUCUGCUGCAGUCUCUACCAGAUGUGAACCGCAACACUCUGCUCUUCCUCUUACACCACCUGAGACGAGUUGCAGAGAGGAAGGAAGAGAAUAAAAUGUCCUUGAGUAAUUUGGCCACAGUGUUCGGCCCCAGUCUCUUGCGCCCCCCAGUGUCUCGUGUUGACAUAUCCCAAGAAGUGGAAGUUCAGGUCCAGGUGAUUUUUCUCUAUCUGCAGUUUCAAAACCUUCCAGAAGCUCUCCUCACAAAACAUCUGGACAUUGAUGACCUAGAGUCAUGAGCCGUCAACAACUGGACUCCUGUGUUUCCACAUAACCAUGGUCAUUUGUACAUUUGUUAAAAUUCUCUGUUUAACAUUUGUUGAAUAUUUUAUGUUAAUCUUAUUGAAAUGAUAGUGGGAUAAUAUGAUUAAAUAAGGACAACCACAAAUAGACCAUGUUGAGUUUAUAAUAUCCAAUCAUUUACUUCAUUCAUUCCUUUCCUUUUUGGCUUAGUCCCUUUAUUAAUCUGGGGUCGCCAUAGCAGAAUGAACUGCCAACUUAUCCAGCAUAUGUUUUAUGCAACUGAUGCUGACACACAAAACAUUUCAGAGUCAGUUUAAGCAGUGAUUCUUUGUUCUCCUCUUUUCUCCAAAGUAGAAAAGAAAGAGGAAUAUGCUGCAUAUUGUGUUCAUCCAAUACUGCAUAGAUGGGAAGAAAAGUUCAGCUCAUUAUCAAAAAUCUGCGCUGGAUUAUACCGAAAUGCAAAGUUUAUUUCAGGAAAUCAGUGGCAAAAUAUUUGUCUGUGUCACUAACUGUAAUAAUAUAAAGAAAUCUCCACUGUGCUGAGCGAGAGCGCUUACUGACCAGCGCAUCCUCGAUGACGUAAGCAUGCUCAGGUGUAAAUGCAACGUGAGUGCGGGCCGCUGGGGAGACGGAAGGGGGGACAAGCGUGCUUUGGCCCAGUUCAAGGCAACUGUGCAUAGUGUGAGUACGCCCUUAGUCUGAAAGUGGUUGAAGUGAAAUGAGACAGCUGAAGCAUUUGUCGUUGAGAGAUGAGAACGUUGUAGAAUGAAAGCAGCAGAGCUUUUAUUACGCCACUGUCCACCACCUCCAGUUUUUCAGCUCAUGAUCUUACAUUUUGUGUCUUUAAGUUAUAAAAAAAACAAUAUUUCUGAAAAUAUACAUUUCAUGGACAUUUAAACUAUUUAUGAACAAUGUAUGAAAAUGGGCCAAUACUUUCAAAACAUUAUUAAAGGGUCACAUUUUUAACAAG